AUUAUAAACAAUUUAUGUAAUAUAUUUUGGAUAUUUGUAUUUUGCAUGGCAAAGUCGACUCUAGAUAUCGCUUUAUCUUGGCCUUCGCUAAUUGGUUGAUCUCGAUAAAGGACAAAGCAUAUGGAGCGUCUCGAACAUGCGACAAGACAUAUGAAAGUCAGUCUGGAAUUAGCGUUCUUUGGGUUCGUUUCUGUGUUACUGCCAAAUUACAGAAUUAUAUACGUGAACACGUCGUAUCGUGAACGUAAACAUGAGUUGAAGCAGUUUCGUUUUUCGUAAUUAGCCUUUUCUUGUACCGCAAAUUCUUACUGUCACAACUUCAGUGAAUUUAUAGAAAGUGUAAAAAAAUUGCGGCUAAGGAAGAGAGACGAACUUGAAACUUCGACCAUCCCUUUGACGUUCUUCAUCUUUUUCUGCCAACCAGACGGAAGAAUGUCGACGAUCGAGAAAGCGAUGAAACUUGAUGGGAAAAAGAGGGAUCCAGAUUCCAUAAAAAACAAGGCAUCAAAAACGAAACUCGGGACAAUCUCGAGCGAAACAUGUCUCCGACCGCGAUUCGCCAGCCACACGCUGUCGUCUUUGAUGAAGACACGGACACCGAUGAAGAAGUCGUCUUCGAGGAACGCGAAGGCAUCGAAAAAAUCGCAAGCUGUCAUCUCCAGCAAAGUGAGCAGGAUUUACAAGAGACGCAGCAUCACGAAGCAAAGCAAGAGCAUGCAGGCUCUAAUGACGAUCCUUAAAUGGGAGAAGAAGGUUCUUGAUGCGUCUUCUCGUCAGGAUAGACCCCUCGAGUCGACGACAGCGGUCUGUGAAUACCCGGGGAAUCCCCUGGGUUUUCUCCCAAACCAGUUGAUCAAGGAUAUCUCCCUAGAUCUGAAAAAAUGCGCGGCAAGUCCGGCUAAAUCGGUGGGUUUUCACGACGAACCAGCCAAAGUUGAGGAGUUGAAUGAUGAGGAAAAAGAAGUUACGAAUUCGGAGAAUCGCGAAGGCGAAGGCCUUCAUUCUGGAUCAAAAUCGAGGGAACCUGAAGAAGAAAAGGAGGAUUUCUCGAACGAGGCUCAAAGCCAUCGACAAAAUGUGGACGAUCAAUAUGCGAUUCAUCGUAGAAAUCGGAAAACUUGGCCGAUCAGGAAAUCUGAAACAAGACCUGUCCAUAAUUCGCAGGAUAAUGAUGACAGAUUAAUUGUAAACUGCGCUGCACCUGCCCGAAAAAGAGGCGCUUUUCAGAAGAGUCUCGUGUUUAUCAAUCAACGAGUUUGGAGACCACCCGGAGUCACUAGAUCCUCGAUUACGAGGAGCACGAUGUCUUUAACGCAACCGAUGUCGCAAAAAUCGUCUCGAUCUAUUGACAGAGCCAUCGCUUCCACGGAGAACAAAUUUUCGAGUGAACAUGUCGAGACGCUCACUAAUGAAUCUACAAACAUGAUAUCCGUGAAUCAGUCUAAGAUACCGAUGAAGGAAAACCGAGAUCCUUGCGCAAAUCGUGUGACGAAAAUUUGCGGACAUCUCGCAGAAGCGAAACAACGACAAAGAUUGCAAAACGGAGGUGCAAUACCGAAGAGAAGACGCUCGACCACCAAAGUUGGUUCAAGGACUUCGAAUAAGCGCAACAAUGCGAAACCGACAAGAUCAAGAUCGAGAUCGAAAUCAAACUCGCGUAAUCGGCAAACAUCGACAGAAUCUUCGCAGAAUUGGAAUGAGCAAUUUAAUAUCGAGUCCACCGUGAUUUGCAAAAGAAGAUCGAGACCUUCCGAAGUAAUCCACGCGUUGAAAGAAAUCAUCAAUGGCGUAAAAGGAAACGAAGACGUGGAAGAGAAUGCCGUGAAUGUAAUUGACCAGGAAUCUAAUAUUUUUAAUAAUAAAGAAGAUGGCAGCGAGCUUCAAGCGCUACCAAUUUUUGCGGAAAUGUCGCAGAACGACGAAGUAAAUUUUACCAAAGAUAAAAAUUUUGAUGAGCCGAACCAGUCUUUCGAUCAUCAGUCUUCUUGCAAAUCGAUCAGCACGCAAACAGAAGAAAGCGAUUCGAAGAAAGUUUUAAAGCUUACUCAAACGCAGUCGUCAUCAAAUAGCAGCAAUGUGGUUGAAAUCGGAUGCAAUACGAUGCAUUACGAUGCCAUUUGUAAAAAUGCAGAAGUAUCCUGUGACCUGAUAAACCUGACAAACUCGAAAGCAAAUUCAACGAUUGAAAAUAAAACGCCGACAUUAGAAGGUAUUCCAGUCCAUAUAGAAUUUAUUAAGCAUCCUGAAAGCAGCACUGAAGAUGAAUAUUUCGAUAAGAGCAAGAAACGUAUAGUCAGCGAAUGCAAAGAGACUUUGAGUACAGGAACUUUAGAAUUAGAAGAUUAUGACGUAAUGGAAACUAUAUCAAACACGACAAAUGAUUUUAUCAUACUUGAAAAAAAAAUAAUGAACGAGAAUUCUCAAACUUUUUCAAAAUCGCUUAUAAAUACUGAUAAUAAAACAAAUAUUGAUAUUGACACACAUCAAGAAUCUACAAAGUAUUUCAAUGAUUUGGAAGAUAACUCGUCAUUGUCAGAAAAAUCUCAUCGACCAUCAUCCUCGAUGAUCUGCGAUGCUUCUUGUUCUUCCGAGGAACUCGCAGAAUAUCUUGAAAACGACGCUCAGUACAGAAUCCCGGCAGAAUUGAAGGAAAAUAUACCGAGUGACGUGAUCGCGGCUCUCGAACUUGCAGCAGAGCGAGCACGCAAUCUUCGUAAAGCCAUGAUUAUAUACUUCGAAAACUUAGCACCAAGAGAAGCUGAAGCUGAAGAUCAUGAAAUCGUCGAGAGAUCCGAAUGCGACGAGAAGUAUUAUCCCUUGGAUAUAGCCAACGAAGACGUCGACAUGUUUUCAACAUGUUCUUCGAAGAGCAGCAACUCCAUCCGAAUGUGCGAAUCCGAGCUAGAAAAAAUGUCAUUAGAUUAUCAUAAACUCUUGAAUGAUAUAGAAGACGAUGCUCUUCCACGUGAGAAAGCAAUAGUUAAGUCGAGCGAAGUCGAUCUUGAGGAAGUAAAGUCGUUCGUGCAACUUCUGAUGCAUCGCUCGGAAGAAGAGUACGCGCUCGAUUUGUUACAUUCGAAGGAUGAAGAAGAUUUCGAAGCGACAGGAGCGAUUAAAACUUUGGCGCUUCCCACAACAAAUGAAAACACUUCAGCUAUUUCGUAUGAGAAUUUGCUGCCUUUCAUUUAUUGCAUUUUGUUUUCCGUAGUAUUUUGGUAUUUGCAAUUUUCGUUUCAAUGCAAGCCUGCGACGUAAUCUUUCUGUGUAUAAUUUACGUUAUUUUCAUAUUUCAUAGUUUCCCUGCAGCUGCAAUAUAAUAUAAUAUUGAUUUUAUUAAUAUUAGUUCGCAUAUAUUACGUUCUCCUUUAGUUUCAAUAAAUUAUUAUUUUUUUGUAUUUGAUACAUAUCUUACAAUUAGUACCUAUAUAUUUCUUAUAUUCGUUUUAUUGGGCGUUUUAUCAUUUUACAAAAAUAUAAACU